ACGAGACGUACGUGUCCGUCUCCAGACAAUUCAGUUUAGUUUCAAAAUGGCCAUGUUUUAUCGUAGCUCCCGGCUUCUCAUUUGCGGUGCUUAUUAACGAGCUACUGUAAUUAAUUGGACAAAAGACUGACUGGAGAUCAGUGACGAAAUAGAAUGAAAUUUCAAACAAGUGUUCAUGCGAUCCUCGCAGCUUUCUCCAUUAUCGCUAUUGAAGAAAGUGUUGGCAUUCUUCGAAGAUGCGUAAGUUGUAGAUCAAGAGGAGAACUUGGCUCUUGCAAAGAUCCUUUUAUUAUGAAUUCUACACAAAUUGCACUUGAAAAAGGUGUAGAUGCGGUACCGUGUGUUUCUGGAUGGUGUGGAAAAAUUAUUGAGAGCCAAAAUUUAAACAAUGAAUAUGGUACUGCUACGCAGAGAUUGUGCUUCCAACGAGGUCCCGAUGACACCGAAGAGAGAUGUGCUUAUACUGUGUGGAAUUACAAAAAAGUGUAUAUGUGCCUCUGUUAUGGAGAUCUUUGUAAUGGAGUGAUGAGAACAAGCGUCAAUACAUUUUUAAUAACAAUAGCUAUAUGUUUAAUACGAUGGUUAGUUUGAGAACAUAAAUAAUUAAUCUAUUGUGAAUGAAUUAAAAUGAUUAAACUUCUUGUGAGCGUUUUAAAACACACAAAAGUUUUCACAAGAAUUGGUACUUUGGUGAAUAUGUUCGUGUAUAUGUGUGAAAUAAUGUGUU